AGCAGAAGGUGGCGGUAAUGCACCUAAUUACGCUGGUUGCCAGCCGCCGUUAAAAACCAAGAAGAAGAAGAGAAGAAGAAGAAGAAGAAGAAGAAGGCCUCGAUGUCGCCGAAAGAGAAAUAUUUAAUCGUUCUUAAGAGUGAUUUAUAAUUAUAAUAUAAGUGUAAGAGCCUGUAAUAAUAACUAUAAUGUCUCGGUACAUGAGACCGCCGAACAGCUCUCUGUUCGUCCGCAAUAUUUCCGACGAGUCCCGACUGUGUACCGGCGUCCCGUUCUGGAGCCCGGCACAAAGACACAGUUAAAGAGACGUGUAGAGUAGGACUAAAAGACAAGCCGCCUCAAGAAAGAAAGAAAGACGGCUGCUUGCAGAGAGACAGAGUGUGAAAGCAAAGAAUAUUAAAGCUUCAAGACACAAAGAGGCAUUAUGGGGCCGAGACGAGCGGCGGCUCCAGGUUAAAGAGCGUAAAGAUGACUCCAGUAUCCUCCAUGGUUCAGGACACAAGCGUAAUCUGAGUCAUGUGAUGUGAGGUGAACGUGUUCGGUUAGACCCUUAACAGCGCAGCACGUUUGAGGACGUCCGGGACGCAGAGGAUGCCCUGCACAAUCUGGACAGGAAGUGUGUGUGUGGACGGCAGAUCGAGAGGGCGACCGCAAGAGUGAGUGCUGACCCGCUCUGAGAUGAGGAGUGUUUCUGGGACGCCUGUGACUGACCUGUGUGUGUUCCUCAGCGCCGGGCCAGAUGAAGUCCAAGGAGCGUCAGUCGCCCCGCAGUCACUCACGAUACGAGGAGUACGAGGGGCGCAGACGCUCUCGCAGCCGCAGGUCACGCAGACGAUCCCCGAGUCCUCGAGAAUCCAGAGGAAGCAGACGCAGCCGAGAACACGAGCGGUACGAGCUCAACUAACCCUACACAACACGACGUCUACAGCUGGAAGAUCCUUCCGGAAACAUACACCAGAGCUUCAGUUAGUGCUGUGUGCUGUUAGAUUAGUACAGUGCACCGGGCGUCUGGGCGUGACCCCCCCCGCUCCCGGAGCCCCUCCCACUCGAGGAGCAGGGGCGGAGCUCGAACCCGCUCCAGGUCCAGGUCCAGGUCUCCCAGCGAGCUCCACACAGAGACCCAGGACACCGCUGCAGAAGAGAAGACACAUGAGCGCUCCCCGACCCGCUCCAGGUCCCGCUCGCACUCUUGGGCCGGACACAAGUCCUGGGGGCAUUAGAUCCACACAUGAGCCUCAGGGGCGACUGGAUGGGUCAGUUUGGGGCAGAAGGUCAUGAACCUGCUCAUUUCUUUUAAUAAGGAGAGGGAUUUCAGUUUCUGUUAAAGUGUUAGCAUUGAAGACAUCUGUGUGGUUUAGUUUACAAGCUGUGCAGAGCGAGAGAUGUCAAUCACAUCAAUAUUUUUUCAGAUAUUUUUAAGUUGACCAGUAAUGGCCCUCCAUUUGAAACGGUCUUCCAUGUGUGUCUCGAACCCGUUUAUUGUGAAGUCUGCAGGCCUUUUACAUGUAACCUCAGAAUGAAAUAAAUUUCCUGUGCAUCAGUAUGUUGUCGUUUUGAUUUAAUUUUAUUAUUUCAUAAUUAGAUCUUGAUUUUGAAGGAAUUAUGUUGAUUUAGCUCCAUCCUGACUUAUUAAAUUGUUAUUAUGAAUCUAGUUUCCUAAACUUAAACUUUGUCAUGCGCACCCCUUCAUGUCCUUCCAUCGGAUCACCAGUCACACCGCGAGGACAUUAAAGCACCCUUUCUGGUUCCCAAAGAGCCGUUCAGCCGUUUAAUCAACAUUUUAACAAACCUUUUUAAUCUUUUGUGGUUGGAAAUUUUGUCGGUCAGUGUAGGACUGUCAGACAGAGGAAGAUAUUUGUAAUGUUUUUGAAUGAUAUUUAUAUAUUUAACAUUUUUUUAUAACAUAAGUAGAAAUAUAAUUUUUUGUGUUCUAUAGAAGAAUGACACAAGGGGAAUCAUUAAUAGCCUCUUACACGUUGUCGUAAAUCCCAGUCUGUCACAGAAACUUGAUUCUGUCCUGUGUUUUGAGUGUCAUGUUUUCUACAUGAGUGCCCUUUGACACGUGUCUGACCCUGAUGUGACCCUUCAGCGUCAGAUGAUCGUUGUUUGCGUGUAAGUGAACAGCUGCUCAUGUACAAGAGUGACAAAUCAAUGAACCUGCUCGCACGCCACCGAAACCAUCCCACAAUGCACUGCCUCACAGGACCCCCCCAGCCAUUCUCUGGCCAUCGAUUCUUCAGUGAUGGGUUUAGAAACAUCGACAGACGUCGGGCUUGAGGGGAGAUCUGGGAUUGGAUUCUGAGAGAGCAGUUCAUGUAUGAAAUUGGACAUGACUGACUGAUCGUUAAUCAGGAUAAUAAGCAUCGACUGAUGGAGAACGCACUCGUGUGGAUCUCAGGAGUGUUGAGGAACAGCAGAACCCGUCUCUUCACCUAACAGCUGGACUUCAUUAAUAAUCCAUAAUUGCUUUGUGAGUUAUGUGAUCGCAGCAGUGCUGUCUCACUUCAUCAGGACAGUAGAGACUGGUUUGGUCCAGAUGACCUGCAGGCCUUUACAGCAGCACGCAAACAAAUCACAUUGAUUACUUUGGCCGGGGUAUAAAGUUAGCAGCGACCUAGAUCCUCAAACCACACUAUCCUCUUUCAGAGAACUGUUAGAUGUUUUUUGAUCAUGCCUCCAGUGUGAUCAACACUUAACCCUCAUUCACCAUUUUUAUAUCUUUUAGAAAAGUGACUAAUUCGAACGGUGAGUACAGAGCUAUUUAGUAUUUCUUGUCUGUGAAAUCUGGUGUGGAUGUGGAGAAGUGAGUGACUCCUGCUGUCGUCCGUCUGCAGCGGCAGUGAUGUCUGUGUGAGGAUGGGCGACUGGAACUUUCUGGGAGGGAUUCUGGAGGAGGUUCACAUCCACUCCACUAUGGUGGGGAAGAUCUGGCUCACCAUCCUCUUCAUCUUCCGUAUGCUGGUGCUGGGUGUGGCGGCCGAGGACGUGUGGAACGACGAGCAGUCCGACUUCAUCUGUAACACGGAGCAGCCCGGCUGCCGAAACGUCUGCUACGACCACGCCUUCCCCGUCUCGCUCAUCCGCUACUGGGUCCUGCAGGUCAUCUUCGUCUCCUCGCCCUCGCUGGUCUACAUGGGCCACGCCAUCUACCAGCUGCGUGCCCUGGAGAAGGAGCGUCACUGCAAGAGAGUGGCUCUCCGGCGCGAGCUGGAGACGAUGGAGGCGGAGCUGGUGGAGGCUCGGCGGCGGGUGGAGCGGGAGCUGAGGCAGCUGGAGCAGGGCAAGCUGAACAAGGCUCCGCUCCGGGGCCCGCUGCUGCAGACCUACCUGGCACACAUCGUGACCCGCUCCGUGGUGGAGGUGGGCUUCAUGACGGGACAGUACCUGCUGUAUGGACACCACCUGGAGCCUCUGUACAAGUGUGAGCGGGAGCCGUGUCCCAACGUGGUGGACUGCUUCAUCUCACGACCCACAGAGAAGAGCGUCUUCAUGGUGUUCAUGCAGGGCAUCGCCGCCGCGUCCCUGUUCCUCAGCCUGCUGGAGAUCCUGCACCUGGCCUACAAGAAACUGAAGAAGGGGCUGCUGGACUACUAUCCUCACCUGAAAGACGACCUGGGCGACUACUACGGUGCCAAGAAGAACUCUGUGGUGCAUCAGGGUCGGAGAGCCACCAUCCCGACGGCACCCAGCGGAUUCGCUCCGCUCCUGGAGAAACAGGGUAACGGACCCACAUACCCCGUGCUCAUUAACCCCUCGUCUGCGUUUGUGCCCAUCCAGGGCGUGUCGGACGUGCAGCGGGAGAACAAGGAUGUCGUUCCCAGUCUGCUGGAACACAACAGCAACUCCAACAACCCCUGCAGCGAGACUCGUUCCCCUGUUGUGCACACACGGUUCCCGCCGGAGCCCGAGAGCGCAGGCUUCAGCAGUCUCCUGAUAACAGACGCACGCAAGCAGCGGCGAGUCAGUCCGGCCUGGAACUGCAGCACGGUGGUGGAAGGGAACGUCUCGGACAGCGGAGACCUGAGGAGAUCCGGCGGGACACACACACCGGACUCUGAGCCCAGCUCCGGCUCACGGCAGCACGGUUCUGUAGAGAGUCCCAGCUUCUCUCCCAAUCGCCAACGAACUUCACUGACGAGCAGCAGCAGACGAGCAGCCAGCGACCUGCAGAUCUGAGCCUCUGUUCUCUUUAGUCUUAAUCUGAGAGAUGGUUCACCCAAAAAUGAUCAUUCUGUCAUCAUUUACUCAGUCUCAUGUAUGCAUUUCCUUCUUGUAUUGAACAUAUAUUUUGAAGAAUGUGUGUAACCAAUUUUUGGUUGUAUUCAACAGAAGAAAGAAGCUGAAAUUAUAUGAAAUAUGUUAAUGGUGACAGAAUGAUAAUUUUAAAGUGAACUAUCCUUUUGAAAACACGGAUUGAAGCUUUAUUUACAGAUGGGAGGAAUCGUGACUGUAGAUUGUUGGGUUUCGUAUUUAUAGAUGUUUUUACUAGCUCAAACCGUCUCUAACAGACACAUAUCUGAGUGUCUGUGUUGAUGUGCGCAGUGGUCUCGGCACAUAACGGCCUGGAAGAGAUGCUUUACAAAAGGAAGUCUCAUUUUAAAGACUUAUUUUGAUGAAAAUAGUAUCUACAUUAUUUAUAUGUAGAGUUAUGAUGUUUUAAUACACAAGUAUUGCAGUGAGGCUGUAAAUAGCAUCCACCGGCACACAGUUGAGUGCAACAGUUUGUAUAAGCUUGCACAAUCUAUGCAGGGAUAAAAUAUCUUUGUUGUUGUUAAAUAUGUAUCUCUCAGAUUCUGUAAGCGUUGUACAAACCCAUGCACCGAAAUUUGUGCAUUAAGACAUUGCAUUGUGCAUUGGUCACAAAGUUGCCGUUUCACCUUCUUGUGAUGGACAUCUGGAGAUCUGACAAUUAAUUUGAUUUAUUCCUAGCACCAUUUUAUUUUAUUCUUCUAAUAGAAACACAGAAUUAUGUACUUGAGGUUAUUUAGUAGGAUAUGGCUGUUACACAAAUGCAACUGUUAAACCUGCAUUAAAGUUUUGGAUUGCUACUGA